GUUCAAUCAUGGGGGAGAUCAUAACAAACACCUCCAUCCAUCGACAGAUUGACAUCACUGCUUGAAUCGAUUGUCGCUACAUCUCAUCUCUCAGUGCCGGGGAAAGACACCAAAACCCCACGCUGUUUCGACCCGACCAGGAGAGAGGAUCUCGGCCCCCUCCCUAACGGCUAGUUCGUAACCACGCGGGUCGCCUGGACUUGGCUUCGAUAGGGGAGAGUGUUUGGUCCGGUCUCGCCUGGUCCACUUUCGUUUUUCUCGCUUUCUCUGCGACUCCGACUCUCUUCCAUCUCUCCCAAGAGUCGGCCUGGGUUCGCCAACUGGAGGCUUGUUGUGUCAGAAGAGAACUGAAAAAAAAAAACAGACUGUUACAACGCCCAGCGCGUUUUUCCUUGUUCAUCACGUCAGACUCGCUGGCUGUUUCCAGGGUUCGACGCUGGUACAUAUUCCGCCUGUUCGCGACCCGGACCGUUUUGGUGGGUUAGGUUCUUCGACAACGCCAUGGAUUAGGCCACGGCCUCACGUUCCCUCUUCCCAUUGAAUCCGCCCUCCUUUUCGUCACUCCUUUUACAUUCAGAACAUCGAGUUCUUUCGCUGCGUGCUGCAUUGACUCGCUUCACUCGCUACGAGUCUCUGAUCGUUGAUAACUUGCCAACAUACACUCCUUAUUUCCAACCUCGUUCUCUCUCUCUCUCUCUCUCUCUCUCUCUCUCUCCUUUUCUCCGAGAUCUCGGACAGAAUCAUUCCUUUUUCGCUGAUAUUGAACAUCGCGGGCAAGUCCUUGCUUCUUUUUGUCGACGACCUUAACCUUUUUCACCUCACUCGACUUCGUUUCACUACCGCGCUGCAGCUGGUCGACCCAGCUCAGACCUCUGCGAGGAUUUUCAACAAAGAUUUAAAUUCAAAUUCGACUGUCCGACUGAUUCUGGUCAGGAUUGACUCCAACAGAAAAUGGCUCACCAUGGCCAUCGCCAUGAUCGUAUCAGCAGGCUCGUUCGAGCAAAGCACCGUUUGGAGACGAGCGACGCAGACCCGCUCGACUCAAGUCUGCUCGGCGGCGUGGAAACCAUCCAGGACCCGGUCUUGGUUUCCGAUCUUCUAUCGAGUGACACAGACUGUGAUCCAUUGCAGAAUAUCACCUGUCUCGACGAAGUGCCGAAUGCGACUAUAGUAGUGCUCUCCAAACGACAAGAGACGCAAACACCCACCACAACGGUUGUGGAGACCGUUGUGGAAGUGGUAGACACCAACUCUCAGACCCUAUGGCAAUCGUCUGGUGUCAAUUUCCCCAUGACCAUCUCGGACUCGGCAUUCGGUACUCUCACUCUUACCGGUAGCUCAAUUACCUCGACUGAUUCAAUGGUUCCGUCGUCGGCAGCCAAUGCAACGCCCACUCAGUCGAUAUCCUCGCAAUCGACGGAAAGCAUAGUGCCUACGACAAAGCAGCUGGCCGCAAUUUCAUCACCCAGGGUUUCCUCUUCGGGCAUUAGCUCGGUGCCAUACACGUCAACUCGCCUCAUUCCGACUUCGAGCUCUACCACUACGUCUUUGCCUACUUCUACCUCAAUUUUCAUGGCAGGCAAUUACUAUUCAUCAGCGAGUUCUUCCUCUACGACAAGCUUCUCCUCCAGCACCUCGUACUCUUCGUAUUACCCCACCUCGACUUCCGAAUCUGGAGGCUCCGAGACUACUGGAUCUGGCACAGACUCUGGCAGUGGUAGUGGCAGCGGAUCUGCCCCUACCACCAGUCAGGCACAGUCUUCGUCAGGUUCAGGCUCAGGUAUCGAUCCCACCACUUCGAAGAUUGUGGGCGGAGUUAUAGGAAGUGUGGCUGGUCUUGCUAUGAUUUUCCUGCUUCUAUUCUAUCUCUUCCGUCGGCGAAAGCUUCUCCUCCAGCAGAAGGCUCCGGGGACUCUUCCUCUCCCCUCUGAUGAUGGCGGCACGACCCGAGAAAUGACGACUCGCUCCAGCAAUGAGCCUCUCUUUACGGCCUCAUACCUUGCACCGGCCUUCAUGAAGCGUUGGCGCCAGUCAACUAUGACCAUGAAGUCCGACAGCACCGUCUCUUCCUCCAACCCCAGCGAGCGUGGGUUCCAGAAAAUCUCUGGCCGGAAAAUUCCUCCCGUCCUCACCCACGGUGGUGAUGGCUUUGGCGGUGGACUCGGCGGCGAUUCGCCGACCAUCCCUGGCUUCCCUCCCAUGCCGCCUGCAGGAGGUCUGACUACCUCACCGUCAUCUCAAGCACCACCUACCACCUCUCCGUACGGGAUGGUACUCGAUACGAAGUACACCCAGGAAGCCGAGGAACGCGCAGAUUCUCCAGUGCGCCCUUCACCCGUUCACCUUCCCGUUUCAAGCUCGGUGAAUUUUGGCGUUGCAACCACCGUCACACCGUCGCAUCCAAUCGCCCAACCGCAGUCUGCCAUCGCAGUUGUGCCCCAGCGACCCGAUGGAUUAGGCCGCAGCCUGGCAAGCUAUGAUGGCAGCCGCAGCAGUCGCUUUACGGAGAGCAUUGAUCGGUAACGUGGUCCGUUCUUUGAGACAUGGGACAUGCGAUCAUGACGACGGCGAUAUGGUUACGGGACGUGAAGCACUUCUGACUUCACCGAUAAAUGGACAUGACCGACCUUCUUUUGACAUCUAAUCUCAUCUUUGCAGCGCUUUCUCUGUUCGUUCUUUAUCUUGUUCAGCCUCAUCUUUGUCUGACUGUCACUUUUUACGGCUUUUAUGAAGCCCGUUUUCUGUCCUUUCCAGUCUAUUCGACUAUUGUUCGAAUACUGCCUAUCUGUUGUUACUUUUAGAUACCCCCUUAUUUCUCCCCCCUCCCCCUUAUUUUCUUGCCGUUGAUAACCAUCUUGAUCCUUUUCUUUCCGUUUGAUUUCUUCUCUCUUCUUUUUCUUAUCUCAUUCCUCUCCCGUACCUUUGGAUACUACAAAUGUCUAAUAUCAUGGAAAAAAGCUAGGUCUGAACUUGCUCAUUGAUCACUCUAGGUAGAAGGCAAAUUCGAUCGGAG